GUGGAAAAGUGGAAAAAUCUCAAGUCUAAAUCAAAAUUAUGCCUAUCUAUUUGUUUUGAGAUAGCGUCUGUACUUCGGCAACCCAUGAGAUUAUCAUCUGCGAAUUGGUGAUCGGAGUCAUCAUUAGAUUAGUGAUUUUUGCUGAUGGAUGGGGAGGUAUGAAGGAACUAAUAAGUCAUAAUUAUUAUCAACUAAUCUUGUUGUUCGUUGUUAUUCAUUUGUUAGGAGGAGAUCAUGAAUUAGUGGUAAUGGGUCAAAAUACAAAACAAGUAGUAGUUGAGGAGUUUAAAGUUGGUGUGGUUCUUGAUCUGAACAUGUCUGUAUCAAAGGUGUGGUUGACUUCCAUGAACAUGGCUCUCUCCGACUUUUAUGCAACUGCUCCUCAUAAGAGAAGGUUGGUUUUCCAUUUAAGGGAUUCUAACAGGGAUGUCCUUGAUGCUUCCUCUGCAGCUAUAGAUUUGAUAAAAAAUGUUGAAGUCCAAGCGAUUAUAGGUCCCAUGUCAUCAGCACAAGCUAUUCACAUGGUUCUUCUUGGAAGCCGAUCUCAAGUUCCGAUUAUUUCUUUCAGUGCAACAAGUCCUUCUAUUUCUCUUUCUCAAAAUCCUUAUUUCAUUCGUACAUCACUAGAAGAUUCAGCUCAAGUAAAUGCCAUUGCUGCCAUUGUGAAGGCUUUUGGAUGGAGAACAAGUUGUACCUCUUUAUGAAGACACCGAAUAUGGACAUGGUAUUGUUCCAUAUUUAGUUGAUGCGCUUCAAAAUAUCAAUACUAGAGUUCCUUAUAGGAGUGUAUUCCCCAAUUCAGCUUCUGACGAUCGAAUUGUCCAAGAACUUCACAACUUAAGAACAAUACAAACAAGGUAUUCAUUCUGCACAUGGUCUCACCACUAGGAUUACGUAUUUUCGAGAAAGCUAAACAAAUUGGUAUGAUUAGCGAAGGGUACUCUUGGAUAGUUACGGAAGGCUUAGGCUCUCAUUUGAGUUCGUUCAAUUCUUCGGUUAUUGAUUCAAUGCAAGGAGUAGUAGCUGUAAGGCCAUAUAUUCCUAUGUCCAAAGAGCUUAGCUCAUUUGGGGUGAAAUGGAAAAGAAAGUUUCAGAAAGAGAACCCAGAUGUUGAAAGGAAUUUGGAUAUUUUAGGUAUAUGGGCGUAUGAUACAGUUUGGGCACUGGCAAGAGCAGUUGAGAAACUUAAAAGCGCCAAUCUUCGAUUCAGUAAGGGAACCGCAGCCUCUUUAAACUCAAGCGAUGUUGCAAAACUAGGUGUUUCUCAAAUAGGUCCUGAACUUUUGCAAGGAAUUUCCAACAUGAAAUUUAAAGGCCUAAGUGGGGACUUUCAGCUCGUCGAUAGGCAACUGCAAUCCAAAACCUUUCAAAUACUCAAUGUCGUUGGAACUGGGGCAAGAGAAGUUGGAAUUUGGACACUUUCUAAUGGAAUCAUAAAGGAUAUAAGCUUAGUUGAGACUUCCAAAAGCACAUACUUGACAUCAAACAAAGACAACUUACGCCCCAUCAUAUGGCCUGGAGAUACUACGAACAUUCUUAAAGGUUGGGAAAUUCCAACAAAUCAUAAAAAGUUAAGAAUUGUAGUUCCAUUAAAAAAGGGUUUCAAUGAAUUUGUGAAGGUAGAAAAGAAUUUGGGUAGUUAUUCGGGAUAUGAAGUCACUGGUUAUUGCAUAGAGGUGUUUGAUGCUGCAUUAGAUAAGUUGACAUAUGCAGUUCUCUAUGAUCUCAUUCCUUUUCAGAAUAAUGAUGGCAAAGCUGGAAGUUACGAUGAUCUUGUGUACCAAGUGAAUGUUCAGAAGUUUGAUGCCGUAGUUGGAGAUGUUACUAUUACAGCCAAUCGAUCGGAGAUCGUGGAUUUUACGUUACCCUAUGCCGAAGGAGGGGUAUCAAUGGUUGUGCGGGUGAAAAAAGAUAUGAGCAAGGAUACUUGGAUAUUCCUCGAGCCAUUAGAGUGGAAGCUCUGGGUAACAACUGGGGCUUUCUUUUUAAUCAUUGGCGCUGUAAUUUGGAUUCUCGAGCACAGAGUAAAUAGGGAGUUCAGAGGAGGGCCUCAUCCAUUGUAUCAGUGGGGCACCAUGCUUUCUUUCUCCUUCUCAACGCUUGUCUUCGCACAGAAGGAGAGAGUGCUAAGCACUUUGGGUAGAUUUGUAAUUGGAAUUUGGUUUUUUGUUGUGCUAAUUCUCACACAAAGUUAUACAGCAAAUUUAACAUCCAUGUUAACAGUUCAACGAUCCGAUCCAACCUACAGUAAUAUUAAUGAACUGAUCAAAUAUGGGUACAAUGUGGGUUAUCAGGAAGGUUCGUUUGUGUUUGGAAUGUUAAAGCAGAAGGGUUUUGCUGAGUCCAAUCUGAAUAUCUACAGGUCUCCUGAAGAAUUUGACAUCCAUGUUAACAGUUCAACGAUCCAAUCUGAAUAUCUACAGGUCUCCUGAAGAAUUUGACGAAGCCUUCUCGAAAGGAACAAGUAAAGGUGGUAUUGAUGCUGCUUUCGAGGAGCUCCCAUACAUCGAACUCCUCCUUGCAACAUAUUGUGAUAAAUACAUGAUGGUUGGAGAAAUCUAUCAAAAUGAUGGACUUGGUUUUGUUUUCCCAAAAGGUUCUCCCUUAGGUCCUGAUAUCUCAAGAAAAAUCUUGAGCAUAAGAGAAGAAGGUAAAACGCAAAAGCUUAAACAAGCUUCGUUCAAGAGCAAAAUAUCAUGUUCUAACAAGGACGCCUUCGCUUCAUCAAAUAGUCUUACUCUUAGUAGUUUUUGGGUCCUUUUCCUCAUUACAGGACUCUGUGCAGCAUUUUCCAUAAUCGUGUUCUUAAUUGUUUUCUUACGCGAAAACAGAGAUAUCUUGAAUGAUUCAAAUUCUACAACUAGGGAUAAAAUCAUCGAUUUGCUUAAAAAGUUCUACGAAUAUGACGAGAAUCGCAUGAUCACAUAUUUCGAAUGCAAUCCUGCAUGCAACGAGCAAAAUAAAGUCAUCGUCAAUGGAGAUCAGCAUGCAGCAGAAACUGUAGAUACUGGAGAUUCACCUCCAAGGAUUGACAAUUCUCCAUCAAUAGCAAGUUUCGGAAUUGUUACCCCGCAGAAUGGCAACUUCAAUACAGCUAGAAGAAACUCUACAACAUUAAACGCUGACUAUGAUAUUGGAUAUUUUACAGCAACAUCAGAAAGUGAUACAGAUUUUGAAAAUUCUACACCACGUGAUAAUGAUUCUGUGUCAGGCGUUAGAACCUCAGCUUUACAACAUUUAAUGACACAUGACAUUGAUUUACAAGGUCAUAGGGAAUUUGAGGAACAAUAAUUAAUCACUAAAUGUUAUAGCUAUCAGUAUAUUAAUUCUUUGAAUUGUUUAUGUUGAUCAUGCUUGUUAAUUUAU